CCUCAAGGGGAAAGCGGACCACCACCAAGUAUUCCGCCGCCGAGGGUUGAUCACAACAUCCUGUUCGUACGCAUUCCUGAAGAAGGUCCAGGACCCGAACCUAUCAUUGUUCCACCACCAAAACAGGAAAACAUUGUUUACGUCCUGAACAAGAGCGGAGGGGACGGAGGACAACGCGUGAUCGAGGUAACAGCUGCUCCUCCUUCAAAUCCUGAGGUGUAUUUCGUCAACUACGAAGAGGGAGAAAAUCCAACCCUUCCUAUUGGAGUGGAUCUUCAGACUGCUCUCCGGGCAGCUGCUGCUGCAGGUGGUCAGGUCAUUGGAGGUUCCGAUGGUGCUGGAGGAGGAAUCGGUAGUGGUUUUGGAGGUAGUUCCGGUGGUGCAGGAGGAUUUGGUGGCGGUUCCGGUGGUGCUGGAGGAUUUGGAGGCGGUUCCGGUGGUGCUGGAGGUUUUGGAGGCGGUUCCGGUGGUGCUGGAGGAUUUGGAGGCGGUUCCGGUGGUGCAGGAGGAUUUGGUGGCGGUUCCGGUGGUGCUGGAGGAUUUGGAGGCGGUUCCGGUGGUGCUGGAGGAUUUGGUGCUAGCGGAAGUGGUGCUGGUGGUUUUGGUGGUAGCGCAGGUAGCGGAAGGGGUUCAGGCAGUGGCCUGUAUGGUCCUCCAUCUUAA